AUGUUAUGGGUUAUCAAGUCCAUUGAGGUAUUGGCCAUUCUGUUUCCUAUUAUGGUCUUAGCUAUGUGUUUCAUACGUAAAGGAUUAGAUUUUAUAUUUACACAAGAAGAAUUAAAAUGGUUAGAUCAAGUUUUACCAAAUACUAAACGUAAACCAUUUCCACAUUCAUUAAUUACUACUGUACCAAGUAGUAAUGAUUUUAAUAAGAAUGCAAAAUUCUCAAGUAGUGCAAAUCUUUUACAAGACAAGAAAAUAUCUCAAUCAGAAGAAAAGCGUAUCAAUAUCACAGAAGAAAUGUCAAAAACAUCAAUUUGGCGCCAAUUAAGUGGUGCAGAUAUCAAUAAUGAAAAUAAGAAAACAUCUUAUAAAUCAAAAGAUACAAAAUCUGAUAACAGUAAUUCAUCAAAAAUACGACAUCGUAAAGCAAAACACCUUCCAUCCACAUCACCUAGUGAUAAUGAUAAAACUAUUGGAACUGAAACUACUCACUUGUCUAAUAGUUCUACAACAACAACUACUACUGCUACUGCUACUACUUCUCCUGGUACUAGUCAUAAUAAUAAUACUAACGGUACCAAUGAUCAACCAAUUGUGUUUUGUAUUGAUCCUAAAGAUACAAAAACACAUUAUACAAAAGUACCAAAUAUCACAAACACUACUACUACUACUCCUACUCAUAGUAAUAUCAAGAAAGAUGGACACGCUGAUAAUAUACCAUUAUUGGAUACACCAAAAAUUAUGAUCAAUCCACCAUCGAAUCAAGGAUCACCAGAAACACUACAUAAACGUCCAAGACAACCAGGACAACCACACCAACAACCACACCAGCAACAACCGCAACAUCAACAACAUGUAAAACGCAUUUAA